AGGCGCUCAAAGUUGGAUGUUUAAAUCAUAUCGAGUUACAGUUUCUAAUAAGUGAUCAGCAAAAAAAAUAAUCCAAAAUGAAAAACUUUAUCGUUUUCUUCUGUUUGAUUGGAAUCACUGCAGUGUCAGCACAUCAUGGUCAACGCCGUGGUCAACAUGGGAGCCCUCCACAUCAUGGCCAUGGUAAUAGUCAACAACAAUGGGGUCCACCACGUCACGGUCAAGAUAAUGGUCAUCAUAACAACAAUGGAGGUUUACCAUGCAUCGAAAAAAUAUUGGAAGCUAUCAGAGUAGCGCUAGCUGCUAAUAAUCCAUCAGCUCAGUCUACUACAUCAGCCCCAGCCGAAUCAUCCACUUCAGCUGCACCAGGCGAAUCUUCUACAUCAGCACCAGCUGAAUCAUCCACUUCGGCUGCUCCAAGUGAAUCUUCUACAUCAGUACCAGCUGAUUCCACCUCGCCUGCCCCAAGUGAAUCUUCUACAUCAGCACCAUCUGAUUCCAGUUCGGCUGCUCCAAGUGAAUCUUCUACAUCAGCGCCAGCUGAUUCCUCUUCGGCUGCUCCAAGUGAAUCUACAUCAACACCAGCAGAAUCAACUUCGGCCGCUCCUGGCGAAUCUUCUACAUCAGCACCGGGUGAUACUUCAGCUACUCCAUAA